AUGUACACCAAUCGGCCCAACGCGCACACGCCUGCCUACACCGCGCAUUACUCUACAAACCGGCCAGGCCCCAACGUCACAGAUGAUUAUGAACGCUGGUACACCGAGGCCACGCCGAACAACCGGAUGCUACUAUCCCUGCGUUCUGGUAUCGACUCGGAAAUAUCCUGGGCCCUAGAUCGUCUAUGCAGACUCUGCAACAAUGAGCAAUUCAUGCUCAGGUCAAUACCUGGCCUUAUGGAUGCCCUGUUUGAGUGGCCGGAGUGGUAUCUCGAGCAGUGUGAGGAGGACAAGACCCAGUACGCAUGUUUAUUCUCGGCUCCCCGGGAGACCCAGCGCAAGAGACGGCAUGGCUUGGAAGCCCUGUUCAUCUUGAGAAAUUCUGCUAUCAAUGAGCCCAAUGCUGUCGAGCUAGCCAAUUACCCCCAAACCCUACCGAUGUUGUUGCAAAUACUCCAGAAGGUCCGUCCGAACACGGAUUCCAAUACGGAGUUCCUGCUUAACGCUAUCGAAAUACUUCAAAUGAUUGCUGUGGAUUUGACCUUUCCUACUAUGUCCCCCGCGGGGUCGAACCCCAUCCCUGCAUUAGAGCGCAUAAUUGGGCAUUCUACCAACCGCUCGUUGGUCAUCGCGUCCAUGGUCACCUUGAACCAUCUAUUAUCCAACCCUCGGAACUCGUCCUAUUUAUCUCCCGAAUCGCCUGCACUAGGCGCUUCUCUGCAAUACCUCUCGUUGUUCGUGGAUAGACCUCUCGUGGAUGCCUCGCUGAAUUAUUUAUACACCCACCUGUCGCACUACUCGAUGGCCAAGGCAUUCUUGCUUCAUCGUGAUAUGCCGAGCACGCUCAACUUGCUUGUGAGCCUGCUGUUGCAUGAACAAGUGGAGGAAACAGUAUCCUUGGACAUUAGCCCGCCAGUUGCGACGAUACCGACUACAGCGGUAGCACAACGCGAUCAUGAACUCACACAGGAAGAACUGGAGAGUCUCGUUUCUUUGCCGGAGCCUAACCGAUGUUACGAAUGGAUGAGGACGAUGUUCGUGCCGAAACAGGAGGGUGAACUGACCCAGGUCGAAUUUUGGAACCUCUACAAAGACCAGUUUUCACGCUUCGCAGACCGAUAUCCACUCCUGGUUGCUUCGGACGUGAUUAAGAAUGUGAACAUCGUCUUCCAGACAGCGCAAGCUAUGGUUCUACCCGGACCUCCACAAAAGUUCGUUGUAAGGGGCGUUGAUAGGAGGAAGGAUAGCACGGCUAGCGAAAGGUUCAAGUGUCAUUGGAACCGUUCCCAAUGCGCUGCGUCUCCUUUCAAUUCACCCAGUGAGCUCUACGAGCAUCUCUUAGCGCAGCAUAUACAGACAUACGAAAGCUCCGAGAUGCC